CGACUUCAAUUCAACACUAGAUUUCCACUUAGACUGAAGGAAAGUUUCCCUCUGAUUAACCUCCUCGUUUUUAUUUGAACUGAGGAUUAGAAAUUUUUCAAAAUUCUAUAUCAAGACACUCUUGUCCAAGAAUCUUUCUUUUCCCGUCAGUUCAACAAUGUUUCCUCAUUACAAUUUCUUCGUACCCGAACUAAGAAACCUGUAAAGAUAACAUCUAUUAAACAAACCAUGAAUGUUAUUAAGCUAUCAAUGGGAUACAACCAGGCCUUGAGUCUCGAACAAGUGGUCGAGAUAGCAAUUGCGAACUAUACCCGCAAUCGUGCAGUAAGUCAACCUGAGUUUCUUCCUUUGAGUAUGACAAUAAAUCUAAGUGCUAAUUACCUUCGUGUAGACAGGAGCUCUUCAAACUCAACAUGGCUCCUAUUUUGGUCAAGGAUAUUCUUUUGAAAGACGUCAUGUUGAAGGGGACAAUGACGUGGAUGUCUUUCCUCUUCCGGAAUGUGAGAUGCCAGCAUGUGGAGGAUUCUGCCAUCUUUAUUUUCCUGCCAGUGGCAGCAUUGAAGAGACCAGAAAACCAGAGGGUUUCUUGGGGGCACGGGAAGAUAAGAGAGAAGGUGGCACGGCGCGUUCCUUGAGAGAGACUCUUCGUUCGGAGCCUUCGAUGUCGAGCUCAGACCAGUUGAAUGUUGACUCUGCAUAUUCUUCAUGGCAUGGGUCACAGAACAUGGACUCUGACAAGGAGGAGGAUCUAGAGUUCGGUUGGCGAAAAGCAGACGAGAAAGAGGAUGAGGAAGAUGGAGAAGAGAGCGUUGAAGAAAAGGAGGAGGGAGAGAGCGAGGAGGAGAAAAAUGGUAAGGAGAGGAGGUUGACGAGGAGAAGAGGGUAAGGAGGAGAAGAGGGUGAGGAUGAUGAGUGAGCAGAGGAAGCCAUCGUUUUUGGCUCGACUCAGCUACUAUUCAGGAUCGUAUUGCUAGGGCUCGCUCCGAGUUCCUUGAGCUUCCUUCAGAAUUCGCUUUCUGGGCUGGGAAUACGGUCUUUGACCUCCCGAAUGCAGUCCAAUAAUUGGAAGCAUUCUUGGUCGAUUCUUGAAACCAUUUGAAGGAUUAAAGCUGUUCGAGUCAUCGACCCAAUCUUGGUGCUUUACAGCUUCUCAAAUAUUCGAUGAUAUAAUUUAUCUGAUAGCUUGGAGUUUAGGACAUGCUGAGCUGGCUCUUGGUGUAGGGGUUACGGAGUUAGGUGAUUGUGGCGAAUUUUAUUUUCUGUUUACACUGGUUGAUUUGGGUCUCCGGCGGGAAGACUGAUAUAUCUUCAUUACACUUUUUAUGUAAUGAGAAACGAUAGAUUUUUCCAUGAAAACAUCUUAAGUAUGAACGCCUGAGCUCGAGUGAGACAAUCAUUACUGUUCAACCAUUAGAUCACAGUCUGUUUAGUGGUCGAUCUAUUCAAUAACUUCUCUUCACUUGUCAUAUAUCCAUACACAUCGAUCAAGCAGUGACCAGUCGUAUUUUCAUUUCUAAGAUCCUCCUCCCCAUUACUGUUGAUAGUGUCGUACUUAAUCUGGAGGUCAGGCAUAUAUGUGGAUGAGUGCAAAACUACGUGCAGAUGUACAAUGUC